CAUAACUAUGGGACCAUCUUGACCCGACCCUCUUUUUCCCGACGUCCUCUACCUCGGCUAUUAAUGAAUUAAUGCUCUUUGCAAAAGCAAAAUGCACAAGGCGAGUCUACCGACGUACCAGUCUCUUCAGUUCCACGGAUACUAAACCCUUUCCGGGGAUAGUGGGUAGACUUGAGGUAGCUGAAUGCUGAUCUUGUCGUGUUCCUACUGUCUUUUCUAUUUUAUCCGUUCAAUGGUCUGUGUCGCCGCCGAUUUCCCUACAGAAUGUGAUAAAAAAGCGCUUCGGCGAAUCAUCUGAGUGGUGCAUUCCUACCUGUUCAGCUUCGACGCCUUAUUCCACCUGCACAAGAUGCGCUUCAAGCAGCCGCAAUGGGCGCCGACGCUCUCGCACGCACCCGAUGUCUCUAUUGUUGAUUUUAUCUUCGACGAAAAGUACGGACGCAGAGCCUUUGAGGACUCUAGGCAGCUCUUCAUUUGCGGAGUUUCAGGAGAGGCCCAGUCAGCUACCUCGGUUCGAGAUCAAGUCGAACAUUUAGCUGCCGCUAUCGGUAGAGAGCUGGGCUGGGAUGUCCAUGGAAACAAUGCGCUAGCUAAAGUGGCGUGCAUCUUCAGCGUCAAUACGAUCGACUACCUGCCCGUCGUAUGGGCCAUCCGUCGUUUGGGAGGUGUGGCGGCACCUGCUAAUGCGCAAUAUUCUGCAACUGACCUCGCAUAUCAGUUGAGAGACUCCAAGGCUGGUGCAAUCUUUACGUGUGCGAAGCUCCUGGACACAGCGCUCCGGGCCGCAAAGGAAGCUGGCAUCCCUCGGCAUCUGGUAUACCUGAUGGAUUAUCCUGAGAAGCUUGAUACAGGCGCAAUAAUCCCAGAAUUCAAGAGCACUAGCAAACUGGUUCAGGAGGGCGUACAGCUACCAAGACUUGAGCCGUUGAAAUGGACUAAAGGUCAAGGCAAAUCUCAGGUUGCCUUCCUCUGCUACUCGAGCGGCACUUCUGGUCUUCCGAAAGGGGUCAUGAUAUCACACCACAACGUCAUCACUGCGAUUUUGCAGAUAUCUUUGUUUGAGAAAAAACUCCGCGACGAUCGUGCCAAGAAGCUAGAUCAAAAGUUCUAUACAGAGAGUGUGUUGGGAUUGCUGCCAUUCAGCCACAUAUAUGGACUAGUAGUGAUUGCGCACGCAAGUGCCUGGCGCGGCGAUAGUAUCGUUGUACUACCCCAGUCUGAGCUCAAGUCAUGUCUGCAGACAAUCCAAGACUAUGCGAUUAACAACCUGUUUCUGGUACCACCCAUCAUCGUUCAAAUGACCAAGAGUCCGGAACUGAUGUCUCGUUACGAUCUCAAGAGCGUCCGGUCUAUCUUCACAGGCGCCGCACCGCUAGGUCAGGAGACAGCCGAAACAUUGGCCAAGCUCUACCCAUCGUGGGUAGUGCGACAAGCAUACGGCCUCACUGAGACGACGAGCGUGGCAAGCUCAUCUGUUGAUUUCGAUAUCUGGUUUGGUUCUGCCGGAUCGUAUGUCACGGGCGUGGAAGCUCGUGUUGUUGAUCCAGAAGGUCGGGAUGUUACUCAAUACGGGCAGCGCGGAGAGCUGUGGAUCAAGUCCCCAACCUUGGUCAUGGGAUAUCUCAACAAUGAAAAGGCAAAUGCGGAGACUUUUGUGUCAGAUGAGAAUGGCGAUAGAUGGAUGCGCACUGGUGAUGAGGUCAUAGUGAAGAAGUCCCCCCAAGGACAUGACCAUCUAUUUGUUGUGGAUCGUAUCAAAGAUCUCAUCAAAGUCAAGGGCUUCCAGGUUGCACCAGCUGAGCUUGAGGCCCACUUGCUCCUCAGUCCUUUUGUAGCUGACUGUGCAGUAGUAGCCAGCAUGGACAAUAAUGGCAAUGAAGUGCCUAAGGCGUUCGUUGUUCAGUCUGCAUCAGCAUGUUCCGGUUUGAGCAACCAAUCAAUCAGGCAGUCUAUAAACAGGCACGUCCAAGAGCAUAAAAGCAAUUAUAAAUGGCUACGGGGAGGUAUUGAGUUCAUACCCGUGCUACCGAAGAGUCCAAGUGGCAAGAUUCUAAAGCGGCUACUGAAAGGGGAUGCGGAAAGGCGGGGAGAGGCUAAACUAUGAUAUUUGACGAAGGCCAAACGAAUCAUAACAUAGUGAC